AUGGGUGUUUUAAAAUUAAAGAGUGAGAAGAAAAAGAAGGAAAGAAAUCAGAAAGAAACAAAAAUAGAUUAUGAGAAAUGUAUUAAGAAAACAAAAGUUAGAGAUAAUGUUUUUGUGAAAGAAACUGUGGAAAAUGAUUUUGACAUAAGAAUAUUUAUGAAAACAGAUCAUAGUUCAAAUAAAAUUCGUCAAUUAAAUUAUGCAAAAUUAGUAAAAGGUAUAAGAAAAAAUAAAAAUUUGAUACCUAAUAAUAUAGAGAAGAUUAUUGAAAUAUAUGGGUUAGGUAUAGUAGAAGAAGAUAAAAAUAUCAGAAAUUAUUCUUCCAAAAUAUUUUAUCAUUUAAUAAAUAAUAUUAAUUAUGAUAAAUUCUUUGGAAAAAUUAAAACUUGUUUAUUUCAUUCAUUAAAAAUUGAGAAAGUGGAUCUAAAAAUAUUAAAUUUGGAAUUAUGUCAUAAAUUUUUUUUUACUAAAAUUUCCUAUUGCAAUAAAUUUUUUUAUGAAUUUUUAAAUAAUAUUUUAGAUUGUUUUAUAUCACUAAGUAUCGAGAAGCAAAUACAAAAUGUGAAAUAUAUUUUCUUGUUAUUUAAACAUAAGGCUAAAUAUAAGAGGCAAAAAAGAAAAUUACUCCAGUUAAAGAAAAAGGGCAUAAAAAUUACACCCUCGGAAAUAAAAAAUAAAAGUAAAAAGCAAGAAAAUAAAGUAGGGAACAUGGAAUUUAAAAAUUUUAAAGAAAACAAAGAUGAUAACAAAAAUUUUGAUAAUAACAAAAGUUUUGAUAAUAACAAAAAUUUUGAUAACAUAAAGAAUGGUGAUAAUGACAAAAGUUUUGAUAAUAACAAAAAUUUUGAUAAUAACAAAAAUUUUGAUAAUAACAAAAAUUUUGAUAAUAACAAAAAUUUUGAUAAUAACAAAAAUUUUGAUAAUAACAAAAAUUUUGAUAAUAACAAAAAUUUUGAUAAUAACAAUAGUUAUAGUAGUGACCAUAGUAAUAAUAAUUAUGAACAUAUUAGUUUUCGAAACCUGCGAAACAAUUUAAGAGAUCCCUUUUUAAUAAAAAAGGGUAUAAGAAUAAAGCUUGAUGAAAAUACAAAAAUGGAAAUAUAUAAAAAAUUAUUUAAUUGUCUUUAUAAUUUUAUGGAUGAAAUAAUUUAUAACUCUUUACAAGUGGAUUUAAUUAAUUUGUACACACAAAUAUUGAAAAACAUAAUUUUUGUAAUAAAAAAGAAAAUAAAUUUAACAAUAGAAAUUAUGUUCCUAAUAAAUAAAUUUAUAAAAAGAAUUAUUCAAUUAAUUAAUGAAAAUAUGUUGAAUAUAAAAAAUGAGAAACUUUUAAAUAUGAUAUAUUAUUUUAUUGUAUUAAUUAUAUCAUUAUGUUUAAAGGAAAGGAAAUAUUUUAAAUUGUUGAAAAAAAAGAUAAAAAUGGAUAUUAUACAAUGGCUUCAUUAUGGUUUUGUAAUUUAUUGGUAUGUGUUGUUAAAGGAGAAUUUUUUUAAUAUCCCUUGUCAUGGGCAAAAUGAGAAAAAAGAAAUAAAAAACUUUUAUGUUCAACAUGAAGAUAUUUGUGAACACACUAUUGGUAAUCAUAUGUUAGGUGAUAAAUUAAAAAUGUGUACAUCUAAUAUUAAUGAUGUUAUAAACUGUGCGCAUAUGGGCAAUAAAUCUGGUACAGAUGAAAAGGAGCAUAAUAAUGAUAGUAAUAAUAACAAAAAUAAUGAUAGUAAUAAAAACAAUUACCAUAAUAACAAUUUAUUAAAUGUAUAUGAGUUACAUAACAAGAAUAGCAGUGCAUGUGAUGACAAAACAUUUCAUUAUAACAAUAAUAAAAAGUAUGCGAAAAAAUAUUUCAUGUUAUUAAUAUAUUACUAUGAAAUUUAUAUAAACAGAACAAACAGUAAUAUAUUACUAAAUUAUUAUAUAAAUAAGAAAAAAAAAAAUUCAGAAGAAAAUAAACAAGAAAAUAAGGACUUACAUAAAAAAAUAAUGAAUAAAAUUGAAGGGUAUACAAAAUGCAUGUUCCAUAGGAACAAUGAUGAUAUUGAAAAACUUGGUAAAUAUAUUAUGAAUUAUUUAAUAAGUUUUUCAUAUAAUAGUAUUGAAAAUAUUAUUCAUUUAUGUUAUAAUAUUAUUUUAUUAUCAUAUAAAGAUAUUGUUAAUUUAUAUACAAUGAAGAAUGAAUAUUUAUAUAUAGAAAAGAAUGAAAAGGAUAAGAAUAAAGAUGACUUUUUAUUAUAUUCUUUUAAAUAUUUUACAACACCCUUUGUGUUUUUAUCUCUGGUGGAUUGUACAAAUUUUAUAAAUAAUGAUUUUUUUUUGAAAAGUUUUUAUUCGUUUUUUAAAGAAGAAGAAAAAGAAAAAAUUAUUAGAACUAUAAGCUUUAUACAAAAGGAGAAGGAAUAUGUGCACAUGAUAAUGUCAAAUCAUAUUUUUGAUAAUUUUAUGAAUACUUUGUUAUAUGUGCUAUAUAAUUAUAGUGAUGAAUUUUUUGUGAAUAAUUGUUUGUUUUUUUUAUGUAUGUUAAAGGAGAAGCAGAGAGGUGUAUUAGAAAGGAAAGAUGAUAAUAAUAAGGAUGAUGAUAAUAAGGAUGAUGAUAAUAAUAAAAAUGUUAAUCAUAAUAAUAUUAAUAAUCAUAAUAAUAUUAAUAAUCAUAAUAAUAUUAAUAAUCAUAAUCAUAUUAAUAAUCAUAAUAAUAUUAAUAAUCAUAAUAAUAUUAAUAAUCAUAAUCAUAUUAAUAAUCAUAAUCAUAUUAAUAAUCAUAAUCAUAUUAAUAAUCAUAAUAAUAAUCAUAACCAAAAUGUUGAAAGUUACAAUGUAAUAUGUGACAAUACCAUUAAUUACAAUAUCAUGCUUCAAGAUAAUAAUUGGGAGGAUAAUAGUGUUCAUAAUUUUUCAAAUAUUAUUAACAAAAAAAUGAAUAAUAUUAAAAAAGUGCUAAUUGAUUAUUUUUUACAUAAAAAUAAUUCUUAUAUGUUAUCAUUUGACAUUUUGAAAAUUUUGUAUUUCUUAUAUGAACAUACAAAUAUAAAACUGUUAAUGUUUAUAUAUUAUUUAAUUAUAAAUUGUGUAAAUAUAUUUGAUAAGAAUGGAAAAACAAAACAUCCGUUCUUUUUAAAUACGAGAGAAGCUAUUGUUUGUAUUAACAAAAUAAUGGGUGUAAAUUAUAUAAAACAUAUGGAAAUGUCAAAUAAAAAAAAUGAAGAUUUAUAUAUAGAUAUAGAUAAGAAGAAAUAUUUAUUUAUUAUAAAUGAUGAAUAUAUAUAUAAAGAACAUUUUGUUCUCUACUUUUUUAAAUUAAACUUAUAUGAAACAAUGAAGGUAUGUGAAAAUUAUGUAUAUGAUUUGUUAGUGGAUUUACAAAACGUUCAACAAGAAAAAGAAAAUGAAGAUGACGACGAUGAAGAAGAAGAAGAAGAAAAAAAAAAAAAAAAUAAAAUAACAAAAAAUUAUAUUACAUUGAAUAAUUUAAAAUAUACAAAUAUAAUAUUAAUUAUAAAAAAUAUAUCUUAUAUUAUUGCUAAUAUGAAAUUACAUUCUUCUCAUCUUCCUUUAGAAAAUAUAAAUAUUUCAUGUAUAAAAUUGAAUUAUUUAUUUUGCCUUAUUCACAAAUUAGAGAACGUUAAUGAAAAUUUAUCUGACAAAGUAUUUAAGAUAAUAAAAAUAAUUACCUUGUAUUAUUUUGUAUGCUUUUAUAUGUGUCCUCCACUUUUAUACGAUACUAACAAACAAACGUAUGAUAAGGAACAUGAUAAUAAUUAUCUUGGUUAUGAUAAUACCUCUGGGGAAGAAGAAAAAAAAAAUUCACACAAAAGAAGGUUUUGUGAAAUAUCAAAUUGUACAGAAGAUGCUGUUCAUUUAAAAACACAUAAGGAUAAGCAUCAUAAUAUGAAUGAUAUAUCGGAUAUAAGAUACAAUGAAAAAGAAAAUGAUGAAAAGUACCUUAUUUAUAAUACAAAUAUAAAAUUUAAAGUGGAUAUUUCAGUAUUUUCGUUAUUUUUAAAAAAUUAUUUUAAUAAUUAUAUGAAUAUAAAAAAUGAAGCAAAGGUGUAUGGUAUAGAACAUAUAUUGCCUGAUUUUUUUGGUAUUGAAUUUUUUAAUAUAUUAUUAGAAAAGGAAAUAUAUUAUUAUGUAUCUAUUAAUAAUAAGAAGAACUUUGAAAAUGUUACAUAUGAUAAUAAUGAAGAAAGUUAUAAUUACAUUACUCAUAAAUAUAUUGAAGAAUUAAUAAAUAAAUAUGAAAAACAUAUUAAUUUUGUAAGUUUUAAAAAAUUAGAACAAUUACCUAUAAGAAAAAUUAUCAAAUUGUUAAUUGUUUCCUUAUUCAAGAUGUCAUAUAAUAGAAAUAUAUUUUUUGGUCCCUUUUCAUAUAAUAUUAAAAAAGAUAUUUUAUUGAAUAUGUUUUUAGAUAACUUGAAUUUUGUUUUGAUAUUUUAUUAUUUUCUAUCUUAUUUAAUAAAUCGAUUGCAUUCCUUUUUGGAUGUUGCCUAUUCAUUGAAAAAUUAUUAUUCGGUCUGGUUUUAUGUGGAUAUGAUUCUGUGCUGCUAUUGCAUUAAAGAAGAAAAGAUGAAGAAACUAAAAUUACCAUGGUCAAAGGAAUAUGAAGAAAUUGAUCUUAUAUUAAAUGAAGCAUUAAUAGAUUUAAAUAAAAAGGUGAAACAUAUGCUGGAUCUUAUUUUAAAACAUGAUGAAAGAUAUAAUUUGAUAAAUAAUAUAGGGAAGGUUUAUGAACAAUUAUAA